AUGAAUUUCAUGAAUCCUCAAGUCACCAACCUGGUGAUCAUCCUUGGGAUGAUGCAGGUCUCGAAGCGGAUACCUUUCGAUGACCCUCAAGUUCUGAUGGGCGUACGGAUCCUCUACGUCGUGUCCAACUUGGUCAUCUUCGGCCUCUACUACUAUAUCGGCCUGAAGAUCAAGGCGAAGCGAGAUCUCACGACCCUGAAAUACGUCGAGCCUGCGCCCAUGGGCUCUGGAGAAGAGCCCAAGCUUGUCACCACCACGAUCCAAGAAUAUGAUCAAACCCAGCUGUCGGCAGCUUACAAGGGCCAGUUGAUGGGCAUCGGCAUGAUGGCAUUCAUGCACUUGUACCUCAAAUAUACCAACCCACUCCUCAUCCAGUCCAUUAUCCCCGUGAAGGGCGCACUGGAGUCGAACUUGAUCAAGGUUCACGUCUUCGGCAAGCCUGCGGUGGGUGAACUGAAGAGGCCGUGGAAAGCAUCUGGAGGCAUGAUGGGUAUGGGACAGGGCGAGACAAAGAGUGACAAAGCUAGUAUCGAAGCUGCUGAGCGCGCCGGUCGGGGCGGAGCGAAGGAAGAAUAG